AUGUCCUACCUCUCCACACGCACGCUGAACCCACCGCCCGGCCGCAUAAGCUGGGACCACCGCACCCUGCACCCCCCGCACUGGGUGUUGACCAUCAUGCCUCCGACCACCCGCAAACUCAUCGACCGCUGCUACAUACUCGCCUUCAACAGCCUGCGCGCCCAACAGUACGUCGAACUCCACUUCGCCGCUCGCUACAAAGCCCUGUGCCCGGAUGCCAUCACCAGCCCCAGCACCAGCACCGAUCCCUCCACCAACCCCACCACACUAGCAGAACCAGCAGCCGAACCAAAUCCAGAACCAACACCAACUCAAACCUCAGCUACAUCUACAGCUACAUCUACAUCAACUACAGCAACAGCAACAGCACCACCGCCACCACCACCCCACCAAAAACCCCACCCCGCUCCCCAAAUAACGCACGUGCAAUCCAUUGACCGAAUCUUCGCCUGGCGCACAGACUACAUCCCCGGCGAUCCCACCCUCGCCCCCUCAGCCAAGAUCCCACGGUCCGCGGUGCGGUUCCACGUCGACCGGGCGGCGUUCGCAGCGUACACGGCGCGGUACACGGCGCUGCUGGACACGUACCUGACGACGUACUAUCGGCGGUACCGGGAGGCGGUGGGGGCGGUGGAGCGGUCCCUGGUUCUCCUCCGGGGCGGUGCAUCCACUAAUGAAGCUGGGCAAGGGGACGGGUAUGAGGAUAAGGACAAGGACGGCGACAAGGCGCGCGAGAUGCGGGAGCUGGACUGUCGGCAGCUCGAGUGGUGGUGGGGAACGGUGUUUCUGCGGGAGAUGAUGCGGUGGGAGAGUCGGAUUCCGUUGCUGCGGAUGCCAGGCUUUGAGGUCGUUGUGGGGGAGGUGUAUGAGGCUGUGAGGCGGGCGGUCGAGGAGGAGGAGGUUGUUGUUUGGGAGGGAUGUGAUUUGGAUUGUGAGCAGUAG